AUGUUGAAGUUAAAAAAGUGUGGGAAAGUGCUUCACAUAAGGAGCAAAUUAUGCAUACUGCGAUCUUGUAUGAUUACAAAUUCAACUCGAUUUGCCUCAACGGCGACAAAUUUACGACCAGAUUCAUUAUCUCCUAAAUCCCUCCCAACUAUUCCCUUGCCUUCGGUAGCAUAUCCUAACCCCUUUUCGCAUCCCGAGUUAUUCGACUCUGCAUUAUUACUCACCAAGCUGGACAAACCUGAUCUGGCAUCUAAGGAAAGAAAGUCACCUAAUAAACUGGAUCAAACGCCAGGACAAUCGGACAAGAAGGAUCGUGAACAAAAGGAUAAUGAAAAAAACGACGAGUCUGAGAAUAUAGAAAAGAAGGACCAAAAGAAAGAUACUGAGGAGAAGUCUGUAGAAAUCAAAGAGAGCAUAGAUCCCAAUUCACCCAUAUCUGCUAGUGGUAGUGGCGUCUCAAACAAUGGAGGUAACAACAUCGGCGAUGAUGAUAACAGAGGUGACGACGGUUCCAAAGGAGACAAACCAUUGGUAAACACCAAGACCGGUUUAUACACUCCAUUUUUAGCAAUACCGAUGAAAGAUCGUCCGUGUCUUCCAGGAAGAUAUUGCACAAUUACUGUCACUGAUCCUGAAGUGAUAAGGUGUUUGCAGGAAGUUGUGGAGACAAAAGAGCCAUACUUUGUUCUUUUCCAUGUACGCGAUCCGAAUGACCCCGAUGCCCACAUUGACAUAAUCAAGAAUAAAGAAUUUGUUCAUGAAAUAGGUACAUUGUGUCAAAUUGCAAAGGUUACACCAUUGGAUUCAACUCAUGUUCAUAUACUAGCAUAUCCUCAUAGAAGAGUAAAAUUGGUUGAUUUGAGUACGCCAAAAGUCAAGAGUGAGAAUAUUGAGCAACAGCAUGACAACUUCCCAACGGCUUACCUCAAAAAGUAUGGAAUAUCAUAUGCUGCGGUUCAGCCUGUUGAAGACGUACCUUUUGAGAAAAACGAUGUGGAGAUACAAGCUUUGGUUGAAAGUAUCAAAAGCUUGUGUGCUGGGUUCUCACCUAAUCCAUUGGCAGCUGAAAGUGGUAGAAAGGUGCUUAAUAACCCAUCAAUGCUUGCUGAUUAUGUUGGUGGAUCUGUUUGUGGAGAUGCCAAACAAAUACAAGAGAUAAUGGACAGCUUGGAUGUUCAAAAGAGAUUAGAGAAAACUCUUGAAUUAUUGAAGGUUGAAGUUGAUGCCGACGAAAUCAAACGUAAAGCUCACAUCAACAUGAGAGAAAGAACAGAGAAGCAAUAUGCUCAAAUGUUGAUCAAGGAGUAUACUAAAGAAUUACUUAAAGCUGCUGGUAUUGGGGAAAACUCUAAGGCAGCUAAAUUUGAUGAACGCAUUAAACACUUGAAAAUGCCUGAGGAGGCUCUAGAGGCAUACAAGACCGAAAGAGCAAGAUUAGGAACUCAAAGUGAUAUGGAACUGAAUGUGAUCGAAAGAUAUCUCGAUUGGCUCACUUCGAUCCCCUUUGGUAUAUACUCCAAAGAUUCUUUCAAUGUGAAAAAGGCAAGAAAAAUAUUGGACAGAGAUCAUUAUGGAUUGAAAGAUGUGAAGGAUAGAAUUUUGGAAUUUAUCUCAGUAGGUAAAGUUUCCGGUAAUGUCAAUGGUAAAAUCUUGUGUUUGGCUGGUCCUCCAGGUACCGGUAAGACGUCCAUUGCCAAAUCUAUAGCUGAAUCUUUGAACAGAAAGUACACUAGGAUUGCCGUCGGUGGUGUUCAAGAUGUCCAUGAUGUCAAGGGUCACAGAAGAACAUAUGUUGCAUCUAUCCCUGGUAGAAUAAUUUCCGCUUUGACUCAAGCCAAAACCUCCAACCCAUUAAUGUUAAUUGAUGAAAUAGAUAAGUUGGAUACAACCUCGCAUGGAGGUGCUGCAAGAGCAUUUUUGGAGAUUUUAGAUCCUGAGCAAAACAAUUCAUUCGUUGAUAACUUCAUUGAAGUCAAGGUAGAUUUGUCAAAAGUUUUGUUUGUUUGUACAGCUAACUACUUGGGUAAUAUACCUGCUCCAUUAAGAGAUCGUAUGGAAAUAAUUGAGGUGAAUGGUUAUACCAAACACGAAAAGAUUGAAAUUGCAACAAGACAUUUAAUACCUGAUGCUUGUAAGAAGGUUGGAUUGGAAGAAGGGCAUGUUGUUAUCCCUAGAGAAACAAUUUCGAGAUUGAUUGACAAGUAUUGUCGUGAAAGUGGGUUGAGACAUGUCAAGUCAUUGAUUAAUAGAAUUUUCAGCAAGGCGUCGAUGAAGAUUGUUGAGCAAGUUGAAGAAAAUCAACCUGAGGUUGAGGGGUCAGAGGAAAUUGUUUUGGAUGCAUCUGAAUCAGUUACUGAAAACGGUGCCAAAGCAGUGGCGGCAGAUGGUUUCGAAUAUGAAGGCAAUGCCACUUCCAAAUCUGAAGGCAAUGUUGCUUCCGAAUCAAAGCCAGAACAAGUUGCAGAUACCUCUAAUAUCUUAGAAGUGAACGAGCUAAAGAAAGAUGAAAAUUCAGGCGACAAGGAAGCUGAGGAGGAGAAUCCCAAAGAAGAGAAAGCUGAAGAAGUUGUCAAGUUAGCUUUGCCGGAAGGCAUCAAGAUAGAAGUUACUGCUGAUAAUUUGAAAGAUUUCAUUGGACCUGAAAUAUACACCAAGGAUAGAAUUUAUGAACAAUUGAAACCUGGUGUUGCCACUGGGUUAGCUUACAACACUUCAGGUGAUGGUGAUGCUCUUUAUAUUGAAUCUAUUUUGACCGACUCCAUUGCCUCUGAUAUUGGAAGUGGUGGUUUACAUGUCACUGGUUCAUUGAAGGAUGUUAUGAAGGAAUCGGCAUCUAUUGCCUACUCCUUCGCUAAACAAUUUAUGGUUAGCAAGUACCCUGAAAAUAAAUUCUUUGAAGCCGCAAAUAUUCAUGUCCAUUGUCCAGGUGGUGCCAUUCCAAAAGAUGGUCCAUCGGCUGGUAUUGCAUUCACCUCAUCAUUGAUUUCUUUGGCAUUGAACAAAGCGUUACCUAAUGAUACUGCAAUGACUGGUGAAAUCACCUUGACUGGAAGAGUAUUGGCCAUUGGUGGACUAAGAGAAAAAACGUUAGGUGCAAAGAGAGCUGGGUACACAAAGAUCAUCUUUCCUAAAGAUUGUGAGUACCAAUUGGAAGAAAUUCCUGAUGAGGUUAAAGAAGGUGUUACUUAUAUUCCGGUUGAAUGGUACGGGGAAGUUUUUGAACAUUUGUUCGAUGUUAGUAGAGAAGAAGGAAAUGCAAUUUGGAAAGAAGAGUUUGCCAAGAGAGAACAGAAAAAAAAGGAGAAGAAACAAUAA